UACUAUGUGAGCCGUGAUUGGUCACAGCUUGUCACAUGGUACAAGGCUCUGUGAAUAGCCUUGUACCAUUCUCAGAUCAUUCACAGAUUUCACAGUAGUAAGCAAUGAUGUCACAAGUGACAUCUUGCUUACUUCUAUUCAUGUGAUCACUGAUUGGCCAAUCAGUGAUCACAUGAUCAGGACCUCACACAGAGGUCCCGUACAGCGAUCUGUGUUCCACUGUGUCCAGAGGAUCGCGCAUGUCCAUGCUGACAGGAGAGAGACCUGUGUUGUUUACACACAGGUCUCUCCC